UCGCCGCGCUGUGUAUUCUGGGAACAGAGUAAUUUCAAGAUGGCGGCGAGCAGGAGGCUGGCCAAGGAACUUGAAGAGAUUCGCACAUCUGGAAUGAAAAACUUCAGAAACAUUCAGGUUGAGGAAUCAAACCUAUUGUCAUGGCAAGGGCUUAUUGUUCCUGACAACCCUCCUUAUGACAAAGGUGCAUUCAGAAUCGAAAUAAUUUUCCCCACCGAGUAUCCCUUCAAACCUCCCAAGAUCACAUUCAAGACAAAGAUCUAUCACCCCAACAUUGAUGAGAAGGGCCAGGUGUGCUUACCUGUUAUAAGUGCAGAGAACUGGAAGCCUGCUACCAAAACUGACCAAGUAAUUCAAUCUCUCAUUGCACUGGUGAACGACCCCCAGCCGGAGCAUCCCCUGAGGGCAGACCUAGCAGAAGAAUACUCAAAGGACCGUAAAAAAUUCUUGAAGAAUGCUGAAGAGUUUACAAAGAAACACGGGGAAAAGCGGCCAAUGGACUGAUCACCUGACACGCGUAUAGCCCUCUGUUUCUUUCUUCCUCUUCCUCUCUCCUCCUAUAUCACCUGCCUGACCAAAUACAGAUCUUCCUCUUGCCUCUCUGCUCUCCUCUACACCUCACCACCUUUCUCUCUCACUCUUGUCCCCCUUCUUUCCCACACUGGUCCACCCUGCAGCCCAGGAGCUGGCCAUCUGAAGCUAAACAGGGGCAGCCUCAGCUUUCUUCCCCAUUCGGGACUCUGUGGAUCAGACAGCUUCCUUCCCCACCUCUUCUUUCUCCUCAUCCAUAAACCAUAAACAUCCUGACCAUUUCUGACUUUCUACUUUUUUCCUACAGUGAAAAAUGGAAAAAGAAAUGCUAAGGAAACAUGAUGUUCAGGUAGUGUUAGAUGGAAAUACUGUAUGUUAAAUUUCUGUUGGCUUUUCCUCUAUAUAAAGAGCUCGUGUAUUAAAUAGAUUUCACUUAGACUUGAUUUUUCUGAAGAAUUCUUUGCAGAGCAGGAGAAGUGGUUGAAUACUUUUUUUUAAGCUAAAAAAAAAAAACAAUGACAAAAGGAGAGAAGCUGUAGCUAGGAGCUGGAGGUUUGUGCUGGCUGAAAUGUUUCCCUUUCUCACCGCCACUGCUUGUAGACUUGCACUGUGCUCUGUGGAACAUUCCCGUCACGUCUCCUUCCUCACAGUUUGUACCCCAAUGAGCAGAAACAAUGGCAGGCCGAACAUGAAUUGAAUUGAAUUGCUACUGUUGAAAAUGCUGCAGAAGAUUGAGUGUUAAAACCACGGCUUUUGAAACACAGUUAUUGUCUGUAGACCCUUAAAUACAAAUUUAACAGUGCACUCCACACUUUUCUCAGAGGUCCUUUGUAACACAGGUUUUUACAACACAGAUCAGUGACCAUGCUGUAAAUGUCUUUUCAAUCUCAAAUGGCUACUGUGAUUUUCUUUGUCUUAUUUUUAAUAGUUUGCUUUCUCCACCAGAAGUGAUCUUGAUUGGCACUUGAUUGGCACCGAUAUAUAAAAUUAGUGGGAACAUGGGAACAACCUGAGUUUAUUUGAAUCUUCCAAGCAUGUCUCCUCUCCCAAUGUUGGGUAAUCCAGUAUAACCAUCUAUCACAUCAGAAAAAGGGCCUUUUACCACACUGAAACAUAUUCCAGUGGCAGAUUAACUGUCAGAUGCCCAGCUGAAAGGGACACACAGCAGCCAGAGAGGGAAGGAGAAGCUGGAGAAGGAUGAACUCAGCUGCAAUGGAGCUCAGCUCCUGGAGGCGGUCCUAGAAACAAGCAUCUUGAAGUCAGCUGGGAGAGGGCUGGCUGUCCAGCGGUGUUUCCGGACAUGCAAAGGGACUGCAGUGGCCAAAAAUCCACCAUGUAACAUCUGUUUGAUCUGGUCCCAAUAUUGUUUCAUAAUAAAGAUGGCUAACCAUUUGGCCUCAC